AUGCUCUCACGUGUUGCUGCAGUGAAGGCACCCCGCACACACAACCGUCGCCGCGUGACUGGAUCCAGCGGAAGGAGAAGGGAAGGAAGAGAGAGUGAGCCGCAGAGGCCCAACAUGUCCCGGCGUGUGUUUGCUUCCGCGGUGCUGCUCCUCCUCGUCGUGAUGAUGUGCUGCGGCAGUGGUGCUGCGGGAGUUGAGGAGCAGCCAGCUGAUCCCCAGUUUAAAUGGAAGGGCAUCACCGGUGAUGAAAAAUUGGAGUCGUUGGGUGUUCCCGGCCUUCUAAAAGUGGGGAUUGACGUAUUUGCCGUUGCCGAGGCGCAGUGGAAGAAGGAUGAUGUCAGUUUUACUGGCGUUGCAUCCCAACUUCUCACAACAAAAACUGCUGACACACCGGAGGAAUUGUUUAGUGAUGCCUUAAAGGAGACACAAGUACUGGAGGAAGGUGCUUCCAAAGACGCAAAUAAAAGAGUAGAUGUGAGCCGACCAACAACAGUUUUGAAGGUGAAUGAUAUUUACAUGCUUGCUGGAGUCUACACUAAUAAAGUUGCCGCUUCUGGACAGAAUGCCAAGCCUGACGCGGCUCAAUUGGGACUUUUGCUGGUGAAAGGGAGCGUCAGUGUUGAUGGAAAUAAAAAAAAAAUUGACUGGAAAGAUACUGAGAGUCCCCCGCAAGGACUUUUUGGCACACAGCUCAAUUCCUGGACAAGGCUGAUUGGAAGCGGUGGAUUGGGUGUUAAGAUGGAGGACGAGACUCUUGUUUUUCCUGUGGAAGGCACGAAGAAGGCGGCGGAGGGCGCUGAAGAGGAUGUAAAGACUGUCUCACUGAUCAUAUACUCCUCGGAUAAUACGAAUUGGAAGCUGUCGAAGGGGAUGUCUGCCGAUGGCUGCAGUGAUCCCUCCGUCGUGGAGUGGGAGAAGGACAAAAAACUCAUGAUGAUGACUGCGUGUAAUGAUGGCCGCCACAGGGUGUACGAGUCCGAUGACAAGGGGGAGGAGUGGACGGAGGCACUCGGGACGCUCUCGCGCGUGUGGGGCAACAAACACAAGGGAAAUGUGAAGAGUGUUAGGAGCGGGUUCAUCACAGCGACGAUUGACGGUGUUGAAGAUAACAGAAAUGUGAUGCUCGUUACUCUGCCGGUGUAUGCCGAGAAAGGCAACGAAAAGGGAAAACUGCAUCUUUGGCUGACGGACAAUACGCACAUUGUUGAUAUUGGGCCGGUAUCCGAUGAUGAAGCUGCCACCAGCUCCCUGUUGUACAAAAGUGGUAAAAGUGGAGAUAAGAAGGAGGAGUUGAUUGCACUGUACGAGAAGAGGAAAGGCAACGAUGGGAAACCAUCACCCGGUAUGAUCUCUGUGCUUCUGACUGAGCAGCUGCAGCGGGUGAAGAAGGUGCUGACGACCUGGAAGGAGGUGGACAAAAGUGUCUCCCAGCUGUGCACCUCAUUAAUUGUUGCGAAGGAUCGCCCAACUGGCAAUGCCUGCGGCGCUGUUAAGAUCACGGAUGGGCUGGUUGGCUUUUUGUCGGGCAAUUUUUCUGAUGGUAUAUGGAAAGAGGAGUACCUCGGGGUGAACGCCACAAUAGCGGAGAAUGAUGGGGCGGAGCAAGUGGAUAGUGGCGUGAAGUUCACUGGGCGUGGCGCAGGGGCGCAGUGGCCCGUUGGCAGGCAGGGGGAGAAUCAGCUGUACCACUUUGCGAACUACAAGUUCACUCUUGUGGCGACGGUGUCCAUCCACAACGUGCCGGAGGGAAACACCCCUAUUCCAUUGAUGGGUGUGCGUGCGGGCAGUAACGGAGAAAACAAACUUAUGGAGUUCUCGUACAGCAGCGAAAAGAAGUGGCAGGUGCUGUGCAGUGACGAUAACCCUAAGGAGCUCGGCAGCAUUGGGGAGACAGAUACAACUCAACACGUGGUAAUUUUGUUGAGGAACGGCAACCAGGGCACCGCGUACGUCGAUGGUCAGCGAGUGGGGAAUGCACAAUGUGAAUUGGGAAAUGGUGAGUCCAAUGAUAUCUCCCGCUUCUACAUUGGAGGGGAUGGAGGCAGCGCAGAGAACAAGGAAAACCGAGAAGGCGUGUCUGUGACGGUGACGAACGUUCUUCUGUACAACCGCCCGUUGGAUGACAAUGAGAUCCGCGUCCUUAACCCGAAUAAAGCCAAUAUUCAAGUUCAGGUGGAAAGGCCUGUUGAAGGAGACGCGAUUCAAUCUUCUCCUGAUGGAGGAAAGGAGGAACAGGGACAGUCGUUGGAGAGCAGUCGUGCGGACGGUGUAUCCGCAUCAACGGUGUCCAGUGCCAAGACUUCCUCAGGAGGAGAGGGGUCUGCAACCCAGUUGGUGACAGAAGAACCUUCCGAUGGAAGUAAAAAUGUGGGUGGCGCUUCCUCGCCUGGCAGUGAGGCAGCGGUGGAGACAGGAGACCGAAGUACGGUGCAGGGAGAUGGAUCAUCAGAAACUCUUGUGGGUACUCCCGCCACAGCAGAUGCAUAUGACCCUAACGCUGAAGCCAUGGGGCACGAUGGAACCGCAGUGAAUCCUGGGGCGAGCGCGAGCUCAGGUGCGGAUGGGGAGACGGCGGAAGGAACGGAUGGGCAGGAGAAGGAGGAGAUCCAUGCACAGAACGGGGAGGUAAAGGCUGCGGCCCUCAGCAGCAGUCUUGGGAAUGUGUCGCAGGGGAAUAACACCGAUGCCUGCAGUGUGUGCGGGAGCGGACUGCUGCCACUUCUGCUUCUGCUGUUGGGACUGUGGGGGCUUGCGGCUCUGUGA